UUAAUUCCUAGUUGGUUGUACAAUGGGGUAUGUAACCUUAGAAGAAGUCAUAAACAGCUUUGUUGAAUUGCACUGUUUUGAGGGAGAAGAGUUCUUAGAUACUAUUGUUCUAAAAUGAUGAAUGAAAUUUCUUAGUUUUUUUUUUUUCCUUAAGCUCAACGUUUUAUUAGUUACUUUGUUUCAUUAAAAAUUCUUUGAUUUUUUCAAGUGUUGAAGUGGUUCAUUGCAAGAAUAUUUGGUAAAUUCAUAAAAAUGGGAGUUUUGGGUUAUCAAAUGAUGGGUUUAAGAGUUGUGUUAAUUCUUGCCUUCGUUUGCAUCAGAAUUUUGGAUAUUGAAGCACAAACAAAUACUCAAGAUACUGCUGCUUUGCAGGCUCUCACAAAAGACUGGGAAAAUUUACCCCCAAAUUGGUCUGGUGGAGAUCCUUGCGGCAGUCAAUGGGAUGGAAUUAGCUGUACUAAUUCUCGUAUUACUGAAAUAACAUUGGCGAAUAUGGACUUGAAGGGUCAACUGACUGGAGAUAUUGCAUUUUUAUCAGCACUCCGAAUUCUGGAUCUAUCGUAUAACAAAAGGCUUACAGGUCCUCUUCCUCCAAGUAUUGGGCAACUGAAGGCGCUUACAAACUUAAUCCUUCUCGGUUGUGGUUUUAAUGGAAGAAUUCCCGACUCAGUGGGAUCUCUAGAGCAGCUUGUAUACCUAUCUCUGAACGAAAACAAAUUUACUGGUGAAAUCCCAGCUUCUAUUGGUAAUUUGAAACAUCUUUAUUGGCUGGAUCUUGCUGAUAACCAGCUCACUGGAGGCGUUCCCGUUUCCAAUGGGAGCACACCUGGACUCGAUCUUUUAGUUAAAACAAAGCACUUUCAUUUUGGAAUGAAUCGACUCUCAGGCACAAUCCCGGCUAAACUUUUUAACUCUAGCAUGACUCUGAUACACGUGCUUUUUGACAACAAUGAUCUCACUGGAAACCUUCCUUCAUCUCUAGGUCUUGUGAGCACAUUGGAGGCUGUGCGUUUUGAUAGAAAUUCAUUGAGCGGCGAUCUUCCAGCCACUAUCGGCAACCUAACUAAUGUUAAUGAGCUGGUCCUAUCCCACAAUGCACUGACUGGUCCUAUCCCUGAUCUGUCUCGCAUGCAAACUCUAAGUUUACUGGACUUAAGUAAUAAUUCUUUUGAUGCUGCAGAAGUUCCACAAUGGAUUUCAUCCUUACAGUCUCUGACAACACUAAUGAUUGAUGGAGCAAAACUUGAAGGACCGCUUCCAGAAGAAAUAUUCAACAUCCCUCAGUUACAGACUGUGAGUAUGAGGAACAACCAAAUUAAUGGCACUUUUAAAAUUGGUGGCAACUACAGCAGAGAGUUGCAGCUCAUUGAUCUACAAAACAAUUCCAUAGAGGCAGCCACAGUGGCACCUCAACAUAAUUUCACAUUGACGCUAGUUGAUAAUCCUUUUUGUAGUGGCGAUGGAGAGCAAUUCGUUUACUGCAAAAGUGAUCAGGAUACUGGAUCGAGAUAUACAAGUCCAGCAUCUUGUAUUGUUCGUAGCUGUCCUUCUGAGAAAACUUUCAGCCCUGCCUGCAAAUGUGCAUAUCCAUUCACUGGAACUUUAAGAUUCAGGGCUCCAUCUUCCUUCGGAAACACAGAUUAUUUCAAUGCUCUUCACAAAAAUUUAUUGGACACACUUGGUAAAUAUAGGCUGCCUGUAGAGUCUGUCGCACUUCAGGAUGAAGGUGUUGAUGUAUUUGGCUACCUAAAUGUGAAGAUGCAAGUAUUUCCACUUGGACAAGAUUAUUUCAAUAGAACAGGAAUUAUCUCACUUGCAUUUGUGUUCAGCAACCAGACUUACAAGCCACUUGACACGUAUGGUCCCUAUGUCUUUGCAGCUGAUAUCUACACACAUUUUGACGGAAAAUCAGGAAACAACAGUCAUACAGGGAUCAUUGUUGGCGCUGCUGUAGGAGCUUCCGUUCUAUUGUUGCUAUUGAUUUGCGCAGGAGGCUAUGCAUUAAAUCAAAAGAAAAGAGCAAAGAAGGCAAAGCAGGAAUCCGAUCCAUUUGUAUCUUGGGACGCACAUGGAGCUGGUGGUGACGUUCCUCAGCUAAAAGGAGCCAGGUUUUUCACAUUUGAAGAGCUGCAGAAAUGUACUCACAAUUUCUCUGAAGCCAACAACAUUGGUUCCGGAGGUUAUGGAAAGGUUUACAAAGGAAUUCUUCCCGAUGGCCAAAUGAUUGCUAUCAAAAGAUCUCAGCAAGGAUCUAUGCAAGGUAGUCGAGAGUUCAAAAAUGAGGUAGAGCUUUUAUCAAGGGUUCAUCAUAAGAAUCUUGUGAAACUUAUUGGAUUCUGCUUCGACAAAGGAGAACAGACAUUGGUUUAUGAAUUCAUUCCAAAUGGUACACUAAUGGAAAGUCUUUCAGGAAAGUCUGGUAUUCAAAUGGAUUGGAUAAGAAGGUUAAUGGUAACCCUUGGCUCUGCUCGGGGUUUGCAAUAUCUACACGAGCUUGCUGAUCCACCAAUCAUACACAGGGAUAUCAAGUCAAACAACAUCCUACUUGAUGAACGCCUGACUGCAAAAGUUGCUGACUUUGGUCUCUCCAAGCUGUUUGGUGACACUGAUCAGAAGGGCUAUGUUACUACCCAAGUCAAAGGAACAAUGGGAUAUUUGGAUCCUGAAUAUUUCAUGACUAAUCAGUUGACUGAGAAAAGCGAUAUAUUUAGCUUUGGGGUGGUUAUGUUGGAAAUGGUAACAGCAAGACAGCCAAUACAAGACGGAAAAUACAUAGUGAGAGAGGUCAAAGAAGCAAUGGACAGGAGUAAAGAUUUAUAUAACCUUCAUAGAGUAAUGGACCCAUUGCUUCUUACACAUACAACUACACUAGUUGGUUUAGAGAAAUUUGUGGAUUUGGCAUUGAAGUGUGUACAAGACGAAGGAACUAAUAGGCCUACUAUGGGUGAGGUUGUAAAAGAAAUCGAGAAUAUUGUGAAGCUUGCAGGUAUGAACCCGAAUGCUGAAUCUGCACCAUCUUCACAGACUUACGACGGAGUCAGUGGAGGGAACUUUGGUCAUCCUUACUCUGAUAACUCACUCUUUCACUAUAGUGGAAGCAUUCCAUUGACAAGGGCUGAGUGAGCCUAUAUGACAAAGAAGUGUGGAUACUAUUUUGAUGGGUAACUCUGAAUUACAGUGAUGCGAUGUGUUGUAUACAAUGUAAAUGCCUUAAUUUAUCAACACCCAAUUUUUGUUACUUUUUUUUUUCCUAUUCAUGUUGUAAACUUAGUUAUUGUAGGCUCAAUUUGUUGUGUAAGCGAUUGGUUUUUUUGGAUUGUUUUGGUGAUGAAUAUUGAUUGAAAAUUAGAUGAAAAUAUUGUUUGCCUAUUAGAUACAACAUUGUAAAUUGUAAAGAACCCCUUAAAGUUUAGAAUGAGACAUGAUUGUUGAUUUGUUGGCUAUUUUAUAUAGUCCACGUUCCAUGAUAUCACAUGUUGUGAAAA